CCGCCGCCAUGUUGUGGGGCGGCGAAGGAGGAGGCGGCGCGGCGCGGGCGCUCCCGGGCGGCGCAACAGAUGGCUGAAAGCUAGCAAGGCACUUUCAGGACCAUGAUGGCUCAGUUUCCCACGGCGGUGAAUGGAGGGCCAAACAUAUGGGCCAUCACCGCAGAAGAGCGGGCCAAGCACGACAAGCAGUUUGAUAGCCUUAAGCCCACGGGAGGCUACAUUACAGGUGAUCAAGCACGUACCUUUUUUUUGCAAUCAGGUCUGCCAUCUUCAGUCCUCGCUGACAUAUGGGCACUGUCAGACUUGAACAAAGAUGGAAAAAUGGAUCAACAGGAGUUCUCUAUAGCCAUGAAACUCAUCAAGCUGAAGUUACAAGGACAGCACUUGCCUAUGGUUCUCCCUCCUGUCAUGAAACAAACUCCAGUACUUUCACCUCUAAUGUCAGCUCGCUUUGGAAUGGGUAGUAUGCCAAAUUUGUCCAUGCCAACAUCCAUGUCUAUGAUCACACCGUUAGCUCCAAUGUCUCUGACCUCAAUGACAUCCGUUCCUCCUUUGGUUAUUUCUGCUCCCCUGGUGCCUUCUGUCAGUACCUCAUCACUGCCAAACGGAACAUCCAGCCUUCUGCAGCCUUUGGCCAUACCUUUCUCUUCAAUGCAGCCUCAUACCGGUUCCUUAGGUCCCAUGGCAGGAGGGUUUGGUGGAUCUAACAUGCAGAAGGCACAGUCACUAAUCGAUUUAGGAUCUAGCAGUUCAAAUUCUUCCUCUAGUGCUUCGCUAGCUGGGAAUUCACCAAAGAUUGCACCUUCAGACUGGGCAGUUCCUCAGGCUUCCAGAUUAAAAUACAGACAGAAAUUUAACAGUCUUGAUAAAAGUAUGAGUGGAUAUUUAUCAGGAUUUCAAGCAAGGAAUGCCCUUCUGCAAUCAAACCUCUCGCAGACUCAGCUGGCUACUAUUUGGUCAUUGGCUGAUAUUGAUGGAGACGGACAGCUGAAAGCAGAUGAGUUUGUGUUAGCCAUGCACCUAACUGAUAUGGCCAAAGCUGGGCAACCUCUGCCACUAACUCUGCCUCUGGAGCUGGUACCACCUUCCUUCAGGAGUGGAAAAUACUCCGAAAAUAUCAAUGGAACUCUGCCGUCUUACCAGCCUGUGCAAGAGGAGGAGCCACAGAAAAAACAGCCAGUGACGUUUGAGGACAAAAGAAAAGCAAACUAUGAGAGAGGAAACGUGGAGCUGGAAAAACGCCGUCAGGUCCUGUUGGAACAGCAGCAGAGAGAGGCAGAACGUAAGGCUCAGAAAGAAAGAGAAGAACAAGAACGAAGAGAGAGGGAACGUCAGGAGCAGGAACGGAAAAAACAGCUUGAAUUGGAAAGGCAGCUGGAGAGACAACGAGAGCUGGAAAGACAAAGGGAAGAAGAAAGGAGGAAAGAAAUAGAAAGGCGGGAGGCAGCAAAGCAAGAACUGGAGCGCCAGCGGCGUUUGGAAUGGGAGAGAAUUCGUCGCCAAGAACUUCUUAAUCAGCGUAACAGAGAACAAGAAGAAAUUAUCAAGUUGACCUCUAAGAAGAAGAGCCUUAAUCUUGAAUUAGAAGCUCUGACGGACAAACAUCAGCAAAUCUCCGGCAGAUUGCAGGAUAUUCGAAGCAAGAAGCAGAUUCGGAGGACUGAGCUGGAGGCUUUAGAUAGAAAAUGUGACCAAGGAAUUAUGGAAGUCAAGCAACUACAACAGCAACUUCAGGAGUAUCAGAAUAAGCUGACUUAUUUAGUUCCUGAAAAGCAGUUGUUAAGUGAGAGAAUGAAAAACGUUCAACUCGACAGCACUCAAAAUGCAGGAAUUGCUUCAGUGCAAAAGAAGUCUCUAGAAAAGGAAGAAUUAUGCCAAAGACUUAAGGAACAAUUAGAUGCCCUUGAGAAAGAAACUGCUGCUAAGCUUGCUGAAAUGGAUGCGUUUAACAGCCAGCUGAAGUGUGACAGUAUGGAUGAUUCUGUUCUUCAGUGCCUUUUGUCUCUGCUAAGCUGUCUCAACAACCUCUUCCUCUUACUUAAGGACCUGAGAGAAAGCUACAGCACGCAGCAAUUAGCCUUGGAGCAGCUCCAUAAGAUCAAACAGAGCAAAAUAAGAGAGGUAGAGAAAAGAAGAGCCGAACUUGCGCAGAAAAAGCGGCUGGAAGAUGAAGCUGCAAGGAAAGCAAAAAGGGAGAAGGAGAACCGAUGGCAGGAAAAUAUCCGAAGGGAAGAGGAGGAGAAGAAGAAGCGAUUAGAGGAGGAGAGAAUGCAGGAAAAGGUUCAGGAAAAGCUUCAUGAAGAGGAGGAGAAAAAUAAGCAAGCUGGGAUCUUGAGAGAAACAGAGCAACGGCAGAGACAACUGGAGGAAGAGAAAAGAAGGCAAGAACAAAUUGCAAAAGAAGCUGAGGAGAGGCGUAAGCAGAAUGAAGAAAUAAAAAAGAUAAAAGAAGCCACCACUUCUCACGAGGCAGAGAAAUGUGCUGCUAAAUUAAACAUAAGUGAGAAGUUUGGAGAUCUGUUGAAACCGACAGAGGGUAAAAGUCUUAAGCCACCCUGGACCAAUGAAGGCAACGCCAUCAGUGCUUCAGAAUCCAGGAAUUCUGUUGCCUUUGUGAAUUACAGAGCUUUGUAUCCGUUUGAGGCGAGGAAUCACGAUGAGAUGAGCUUUAAUACUGGAGAUAUAAUUCAGGUUGAUGAAAAAAAUGUUGGAGAGCCUGGCUGGCUUUAUGGGAGCUUCCAAGGACGUAUUGGUUGGUUUCCGUGCAAUUACGUGGAAAGAAUACCAGAAGGAGAAAAAGCUUUGUCUCCAAAGAAGGCCUUACUUCCUCCUACAGUAUCUUUAUCUACUACCUCAGCUACUUCAGAACCACUUUCACCAAGCAGAUCUGUAGAAGAGUCAGAUUACCAGAACGUACAUUUCUCCAGCCUGAACGUUAAUGCAGCGUGGCAACAGAAGUCAGCUUUUACCCGCACUGUGUCCCCUGGAUCUGUGUCACCCAUUCAUGGACAGGGGCAGCCCGUCGAGAACUUGAAAGCACAAGCACUUUGCUCUUGGACUGCAAAAAAAGAUAACCACUUGAACUUCUCCAAAAAUGAUAUCAUUUCUGUCCUGGAGCAGCAGGAAAACUGGUGGUUUGGAGAGGUGCAUGGAGGAAGGGGUUGGUUUCCCAAGUCUUAUGUCAAGCUCUUACCUGGAAAUGAGAAGAAAGAGGAACCAGAAGCUGUUUAUGCAGCAGUAAAGAAGAAGUCCAGUGCACAGCUCUACCCAGCGGGAGAAGAGUACGUUGCACUGUAUUCCUAUUCAAGCUCUGAGCCUGGAGACUUGACUUUCACUGAAGGUGAGGAAAUCCUGGUGACCCAGAAGGAAGGGGAAUGGUGGACAGGGAGCAUUGAUGACAGAACUGGGAUCUUCCCCUCCAAUUAUGUCAGACCAAAGGAUCAAGAAGGUUCUAGUAAUGCUGGCAAAACUGGAACAAUAAAUAAGAAACCUGAAAUUGCUCAGGUGACUACUGCUUAUGCUGCAUCAGGAAGUGAACAGCUUAGUCUUGCUCCUGGGCAGCUCAUACUUAUCCUGAAGAAAAAUGCUAGCGGAUGGUGGCAAGGAGAGCUGCAGGCAAGAGGGAAAAAGAGACAGAAAGGAUGGUUCCCUGCCAGCCAUGUGAAGUUACUGGGUCCGAGCAGUGAGCGAACCACAUCAGCUGCCCCCUCAGUGUGUCAAGUAAUAGCAAUGUAUGAUUACAUGGCAAACAAUGAAGACGAGCUCAGCUUCUCCAAAGGGCAGCUUAUUAACGUGCUGAGCAAGGAUGAUGCUGACUGGUGGCAAGGAGAACUCAAUGGUGUGACAGGUCUCUUCCCUUCCAACUACGUGAAGAUGACCACAGAUUCUGAUCCAAGUCAGCAGUGACCCAAUGUUGUCUUCCAGUGUGAAAGCACCCCAGAGACCCACUAUCCGAGUUUGACUGUAGCGUGGAGGCAGGGUGGCCAGCCCUGCUCACGUAUCUCUGAAACAAUCCUUUUGCUCCGCUUGAAUGCUAGAUCCAGUCAAGAAAUUGGGUUAUCCUGGGUUUUCUUAUCUACAGUUACCGUUGAUUUGUAAAAGAAAGGAUAGUGGGUCUUUGUGUGGCUUUCACUGCUGCUCAUUCUCGUUUCCUUCAGCAUUUUUCUUUGGCGUUGAUAAUCCUCGAUCAUUAGCAUGCAUAUCCAGUUAUCGUUUGCAUGGUGGGAUUGCAGGCACACAAAGACCCACUAUUUGCACAGUUUAUCUGCGCUGCUUUGAAUGGGGAGUUGUGUUCUUUUGAUGUUGUAAUGUACAUACUUUGCAGAAUUAAAAUGUUUGCUGAUUGCUGUUUUAAUUUACUUGAUUUAAUCUCCUACGUAUUGAGCUUUUGAAAUUGACAGCCUGUGGGGCUCACCCAGAAAACAAACCCUCCCUGUUUCAGCUGCUGGUGGUCACUGUGAUUACAAAUAUACCGCACAAUCUGAGGCUGAUGUCUGUUAGGUCUGGGGCAGUUGUGCCUCCAAAUAACCUUUUUAUCGAGGAAAAAGAUAUUAAGCAUCGAAUGGAAGAUCUGUAUUUGUCUUCUUCUUUCACAGUAGCUCUAUGGCAGGAAUUCAGGUUGUUUUGGCUCGAUGUGCCCUAUCCAUAACCAACGUCCUUGAAGUGUUUUAUUCUGACAGCUCACUUUCAGUUUUGGCCAACAGCAAAUUGUAGCGGUCAGUAAGUGCUUAAACAGCCUCUGUGCUACCAGCCCCUCCUGCCUAACGCAUAGGCAGCCCUGGCAAAGAGGUGCUGGUAGAAAACACUAAAAGACACCUGGAGCUGAAGGCAGAGAAUCUGGGUUUAAGGCAGAGGGCACAGUUACACUGCGCUACUGCUGUCAAUGUGAGGGAAGGAGCAGAAUAGAAGGCUGUAACCUUGAUGCCCCUCUGGAUGAAAGGAGUCAGCAGCAGCAGGCUGCUUGUCUGAGGACUAGUUCACACUACAUCACUAGUGUGAUCCCGUAGGAGCAGGACAGAUGUAGGUAAUUUAAUUAAUCUAUUUAAUUUAGUUGGUUUCUGAACUCGGUAACGAAACAGCAAAAAGGUCACUUAUGCAAUCAGAGAUGUUUACAAGCCACCCUGUGUUUACUACACGUCUGUGAACGUUGUGAAGGUACGAUCAGGAAAGGUUGGUCAAACUGCAGAGAUGUAACAGCCUUUCUGCAGCAUCUCUGUAGAAAGAGUGUGUAAUGCAUUCAAUAUGCUUUAUCCAAUAGUAUGGAUGUGCCCUUUAGGUCAGAGGUAUUUCUUUUGUGCAAUAUUGACCACAGCAAUGUGCCUACAGAAACCUACAAAUGGAUUUUUACUCUGGAUGUAUUUUGUCUCAACCAGUAUUUUGCUAUGGAACGAGAUCAUGUUGCUGUAGGCAGAUGACGUGCUCAGUAAUUUCUCCAGUGUUCUGCCUGACUUGAUUUCCUUUUGAAGCUACGUUUUUCAGUAUUUCUGCUAGAAGAUGCUGAGUGGUAUCAAGCAGUCCCUCCCUGUGGUCUAAAAAUCAGGUGAUCUUACAAAUUGCCCCAUGUCCACAAGGCAGUGCUCACCUGUGGGAUCGGUGCUCAGCUGACUUCCUGACGUUCAGUGAUUUCCUCAAGGGCCAAACUGCUGCUAAUUCAGGGGGUGGGGGGGAAGGAAAAUAACCUUACAUCCCAUCUGGAAUGAUGCAGGAAAAGUAGCAUUAUAGCAUUGGGCAAAAGCAGCUGGCCUUACACCCGUCCUUGGGUGGUGCAGUUGGGGUGUAUGAGGACCAUCUCACACAAACAGCCCCACGUUUGGGUGUGUAGGUGAUAAUAACCAUUGAAACAGCUGCCCCUCUGCUUAAACUGAUGAGUAUUGUGAUGAAGCACUGGGGGCUUUCACAGCUUCUCCUGAUGUUUCAGUAUUACCUGAGUACAGAUCUUCUAACUAAUAAUAUUGAUAACGGUAUGAUUUACAAUGCUGAUUGGAAAAACCUCAGCCCCUGCCCUUGUGCACAUCAGGCACAGUCACCUGAGAGCUCUCUCUGUUCUCCUGUCACGUGCUGGCACAGAAAGAGCUGUACACAUAUAUCAGGUUAUCAGUAAGAAAGGCUGUGCCAAGGGUGUAUUAAGGGGCAGAUUUUAAAACAAGGUGUAGCUGUAGAAGCUGUAUUAAUCUGGGAGAAGAACGUUGGUCUUGGAGCAGGUGAGGACAGGGUGAAAACAAGGGAUACCUGCUGAACUGCCGAUCCCCUCUCUGGCCCUGAGAGCCCAAAUGCUUCUCAGAGCAAUGAGGCAUUAACAGUUAAAUCUGAAGCCAUCCAAGAGAGCAGAAGGUGGCACUGCCUAUAGCGCAGUACUUGCUUAGUACUGUUUUCUAUGAAAAUGGGGGCUGCUGUGUAACUGGGUGUCCUACAGCCAAUAUUUCUUCCAUCCCAACGCUUUGUCAGAUUGUAUCCCUUUGUGAUGUUUCUGAGUGGGGCUCAUCACCUGUGCAUAGAUCUGCUCGUAGGAACGCUGGCAAACUGUGCCCUGCAGUGACGUUGGGAGCUGCUGUGGGGCAAUGCUGCUUCCAUGUAAUGAACCAAUAAACUGCUGCUGAACGGUGUGUGCUGCCUUAAAAUAUCUUCUGUUGUUCUCUUUGAGCUGGAGUAUUAACGUAUGAGGAUGACUGUUUGGACAUGCAAAUGCAGGCUGUGCUUAGCAUGAGGCAAUUGUUCAUCUUUGGGUUGAAACGCAGUUGUAAGAUAACUAUGCAAAUGUACUUUAUUAAAGGGACACAUAAAAGGACCCAGCGUGUCUGUUGUGGUUUUUUGUUCACCUGGGGACAUCUUUUCCAAUUUGAAUAGCUGGGUACAUGUGUUAUGCUGCCUGGGUGUGGGAUGCAGUGACUGAGUCUUGCUUUUCACCUCUUGCAAGCUGAAUCACGAAUUGCUGCUGCUGUGGUGGAAACACAAACUGCACUCAGCAUUUAGGGGAGCCUGGGCAAAAUUCUGAUGGUGUUUCCCAGAGCCUGAUGAAAACUGACCUUUUCAUGGGCUGCAGGAGGCACAGAGGCGUCUGACCCCACAGGCAUGGCAGGAGGACACUGCUGUGGUGUGCCAGCAGGGGUGGGUGCUGUUCAACACCAUCCGUCUGCGCUCAGCCUGGAAUGAAGGGACUGCUUAAUGCUGGUCCGUGGCACUUGUGACAAGGUGUGUUUUUCUGUGGUAGCCCAGGAGAAGAAGAUAAUAUAGACACACACAGAAAGGACAAACUAACCAACAGAGCACAUUACCCAGCACACCCCAAACCCAAGCAAACCUACAUCCCUAAACAGACCAAACUUCUUACAUGUGCAGUUUGUGCAUAGACCACCUCUGCCACUAGGUGGUCUUCAGUGUUGGGUUUGCUUAGAUCUGGCUUGAUCCUUUGGGGAAAGUGCUGGAGCACUCCGUGAGGCUUGAGGUGUCUUUCCAGAGUUGUCACUUUCUAAAUGGGUGUUUAUGUUGUUGGCUGUAUGGGGAAGUCCAUGGGAAUUAGGCAAAGCAUGUGGUGCCUGAGCAGAUUUCCUUCAAAAAGUGUCCUCGUUCCCCUAGAACUUAUCUCAAGUCCUAAAUAUGUCAGUAGUGCACUGCUAUGUGGUUAGGGCCCGUGACUCAAAGGUGCCAGGCUCACAGCAGCUCUGUAGAUGUCGUGCUCAGGAGGGAGCAAAGCAAACCUUGUUUCUCGGACAGCCUGGUGUUGCUUUGCUGUUGCAAGCCAGAAACCAAAGCAACAGCUCUGUGCUGCCAGGCAAGGGCUCCUGGCUGUUAAACUAGCAGGAAAGUCCCGGUUCAUUUCCUGGCAGGGUUGUGAGCUGGAGGUAAGCUGAGUGCCAGAGCUGUUGCAGGGAGAGGGGCAGCAGGAAUGUGGGAGGAGAAUGGGUGGAGAUGCAGGUUCACUAUUCUGUACCAGGGAGCCAGCAGGUUACUGUGGCUGCUGUAGAAAACACUGGCAAGUAUGUUAAGGUGAUCUGUUCUCCCUUUGCUUUUCUUCCCUUCAGAUACCAGAGCCUACGCAGGCCUUCUAAAGUCAGACAGAUGGAUUCCACACUAUGUUUUCAUGGUGGUAUCAUCAGACCCAUCCCAACUCAGAGCUUUUUGAGCAGUGAUGAUUUAAAUGUAAACUAGUACUCAUCCACUGAUCCCAAAAGCCAUGACAGUCCAAGUGCAGGGUUACUGCACAGCCAUCUGAGUCAGCUGCUGUUUUGUGUCUGGCAAUAAGCUUUAUAAAUCACACCUAUCCUUGGUGUGUAGGAAAUGCGUGUUUGCCUCCCAGAGUUUGUUUCAACUUGACAUAUAUGGAACAAGACAGACACAAAUGCAAGAGUACGUGUGUUUCUAACAGUUAUGAUGCAAGCAGACAGCGACAGGAGCUUCAGUACUUUGCUGUCCCUUGUUGGAGGGCUGCACGUUGCAAUAGAAAAAAGAAGCACUUUGUCAAAGCUGAGAUCUGAGGUCUAAGUGUGGGCAAAGUACAGUUACUGUACUUUGUACUGCACUGUACUGUCCCAGAAUCCAGUGUGUCAGGAACCAGCUGGGCUUAAAUACAGCUAUGUACAUGAAUGUCACUAGAACAGAAGCAGCACACGUUGACCAAAGUCAAUCUUGAUGGAUUAUGCAAUACAGACUUCAUAGGAAUCACACCAGGCUAAAAUUUCACUCCUUUUUUUCUUCUAAUUUUAUCCUCAUUAUAACUUUGGAAGCAACUAAGGCUCGAAGCAGCAUUCUUUGCAGCUGGAAGAGCUGCAAACCCAGAGCUCUUUGUAUGAAGCAAUAUUUAUUCUUGUUAGAAAGCUUAAAGUUCAAGAUCCUUCUGGAUGCACGCAGCAGAACUGAAAAGCCCUCAUUUUACAUCUGGCUGUUGUUUCUGGUGUGGAUUUUAUCAAAAUUGGAUGCAGCUGCAUCAAGUGAUCGAUGUAUACUCAAAUAAACUGUAAUUGUUUCUUCUUUCUUCCUUGCUCCCUUGCAGUGCUCUGCUAGCACGUGAUGGCCAACAGGUGGAUCAGAGUUGCACUUUAUGUACCCUCCUUGACCCAUCUAAACAUAUUUACUGCUUGUUUUUGCCACUUGUUGUUUGGUUACUAAACCUCAAACACCGCUGGUCAUGUUUACUAACACAGAUAAUGAGGAGAAAAAGUGUGAAACUGUAGAGUCUGCAUGUUCCCUUAGAGAACUGGAUUUGUGUCAUUGAAUGUUCUCUGUGUCCUCGUGCAUGGUUUGGAUUAUUUGUACUCAGUGCAUCAGAAUAAUUCAAUGUAUCUCUGGCUCAUUUGGUUUCUAAACUAGAAAACAACUUACUUAAAACUGUGCAUCACAACUUUGCAAAUAUAUCCUGGUGGUUUGUAUAAUAAAUUAAUAGCUGAGGCAGAUUACUUGAGAAGCUGGGUCAAGAUUAAAGGUGCCGUGCUGUAAAUCAGCACCAGACACGUUCUAGAUGACUUCGUCUCACAGCAGACAUUGUGUAAGGUAAGAGGAAAACAUGGCUUUGAAAACAGCGUUGCGGAAAAGAAGAGACAUAGGAAGUUACAGGAAGUCAGGAAUCCUUAUUCUGCAUCACAGCAUAGGAAGAAGGGAUGCUCAAAGGAGUGAAAAGGUGGCAGACUCAAAAUUGCUAUAAAGAGAGCAGGGUGCAAACCACAGUCAGUUGAAACCCAGUGCUGCUGUGGACAGGGGCUUUAAAAGAAAGUGCUCAUGUAUAGUAUGACCCUUGGAUUGGCAUAUGUUGAUGUCACUUUGUGAAUUCAUCACAUCUGAAGGCUUGAGUGGUAUCUGAA